AAAUAGUCAUGAGUAAACAUAAUUUUGAAUAUACCUCUUAAUAUUGUAUAACAUAAAUAAAUAAAUAAUUUUACAUUGAAACGAAUUUAAAAAUUCUACCUAUCACUAUUUUAAAUAGUCAGUUGACUCAAUUUUGCUACGUUAAAUAAAAAUUAAAAAUGGCCGCCUACUGUCAACCUUACCUGAUAACUUAUGUGAUAGUGUUGUGUGCAACUUUUGUCGUAUUUUCAUUAUUAGGACAAUGAAUGCAGUAAUUAUGAUAAAAAUAAACAUUUUUUUUUAUUUUCAAGAUAUUUUGUCUGUGUGAUGUUUGGUUUUUAAUUAUGUUCGAUUGGAAUAAAAUUCAAUAACCCUCAAGUUAGAAAAACGACAUGGCGGAUUGAUAAUCGACCAAUGGGACGCCAGCAUUAAGCGUUUCAGAAUUGCAUGUAUCUAUUCACAUUCGCGUCAUUACGAUUUGGUGCCUUGUUUCUUAGAUAAUAAUCCAAAACUGCAAACUGGAAUAAUGAACCAACGUAUUUUAUAUUAAAAUAGUCAAAAAUAAUGUGAAUGUGCGCGGUGCCGUUUGUCAGCCAUGAAGCAUCUUUGAUAGAAGGCUUGGAUCAUGAAUGCUUUAGAUUUGGGGUGAACCUAAAUACAAUCAAGUAUUACAUAGUUUUGUUUUUGUAAACAAUAAUGUGCUUGCAAUACACGUGCGAAUUUGUGCAAAAUUGACAGUUGUAUAUAAUGAUGACUGGAAGGGGGGCGAAAAAACGCGGGAGGCCCCCGAAAUCAGGUAGUUUUGAAAAGAACAGAAAAUUUCAAUAUCAUUUAUUGAAAAAACCGAAAUAUUUACAAUCUCAAAAUAUAUCUGGUUCCCUCGGAAGUACACCAUCUGCAUCCAGGGCGACGUCGCCGCAAGGAAGCGAUACGAGCAAACGUAGUACGAGAAAACAAAGAGGCGGAAAAUCGCAUAAAAGCAAAAGAGGUGGUCUAUCGAAUGCGUAUUCGCGUAGAGGAUACAACCCUCAAGCAGCUGACUAUCAUGAGUCGGAAUAUCAUUACGGUUCAGAUUUCGGUGACGAGUAUAGCGACAAAUCGGAAGCUGAAGAAGAUCGCGGCAGCGAGAGCACGGAGGCGUCCGCUGCAGAUGGUGCUGCAAGUGAUAGUGACUUUUCCAUCAGCAGCUAUAGUUCCACAGGGGGGACUCCUCGAAAAACAAGCAAUAACCUAAUAAGGCCUCUCAGUCCUGACCCACUAUGGCUGCAAGAAGAACGCCAGAUUCCUCCAUUGGAGCUCCCACCGUCGUCGGACGAUUUAAUUAUUGUGCAUAAUUUAGUCUUACAAAUAGUGGGCAUAUAUGAAGUGUUGCGUCAUUUCAGACAUUUGGUGAGGCUCUCACCGUUCAGACUGGAAGACUUGUGUGCGGCUGUAAGCUGUGAGGAUCAGAGCAACUUGCUCAUAGAAGUGCAUGUUAUGUUGCUGAAAGCUUUACUUAGGGAAGAGGACGCUCAGCAAACUCAUUUCGGACCUUUGGAUCACAAAGACAGUGUUAAUAUAACUCUUUUUUUAUUAGAUACUAUGACUUGGCCAGAAGUUCUGCGGGUUUACGUAGAAAGUGAUAAAUCAUUUGAUAAUAAUAUCUCAAGAAUUUUGAAUUCCUGUGAAUACCCUUUUACUGUUGUUGAGGACCGAGUGGCUGUUCUGCAGUUCUUGUGCAAUCAGUUUUUAAUAACAAAUCCUGUGAGAGAUGAUCUUAUAAGUGAAGUUCCUAUACAUUAUGAUGACCACUGUAGAGUAUGUCAUCGCUUGGGAGACCUGCUGUGCUGUGAAACAUGUCCAGCAGUUUUCCAUCUGGAAUGUGUUGACCCACCACUAGUGGAUGUUCCUUCAGAAGACUGGCAGUGUGUUUUAUGUAAGCAACACAAAACAGUUGGUGUAACUGACUGUUUGCCAGAUGCAGAGAGGCAAGGUUUACUAUGUCGUCACGAACAUCUAGGAUUUGAUAGACAAGGCAGAAAGUAUUGGUUUAUUGCUAGACGUAUUUUUGUAGAGGCUGAAAAUGGGGAUGUGUGGUAUUAUUCUACUAGCCAGCAGUUUCAAGAACUACUUGAUGUAUUGGAUGCAGGUGAAAUGGAAGCACCUUUAGUAAGGGAACUUUUGGAAAUGAAACAAGAAAUAUCAAGACAAAUGGACAUAACAGAGAAGUUGACUGAUCAAGUUAAAGGAAAUCGCAAGUCAUAUUUAGAAGUAGAGAAUUCAAAUAUUUUAAAGCAGAAAAAAUCAAAAGAUCAGCUAAAACAUCAUGGGCAUAAUGUUGAAAUGAAUUCAAGUGAAAAACAAAACUCAGAUCUAGCACAAGUUUCUGUUGGAGAUGAAGUCACUGUGAUAAGUGAUGAAACAGUCAAAGAAGACAAUGAUGACAAUAUUGAUGAUAAUGAAACUAAAAAAUUAAAAAACAGUUGCACUCCUAAAAUCAAGUCUCUUCUGCAGAAGAAGACUGAGGAUGUUACAGAUCGGGUGACACGGUUGAAGUCAAAUCAACUGUCAAAUGGAACAUAUCUAUUCAAAUUGGGAAAUGAAAAUACCUUCAAAACAUAUGUAAAUCAGUACACAAGUAACCCCUUGGCAUUGAACAAGCCCCAAAGAAAUGAAGAAAGAGACAAGAAGAGGUACAUUUCACACAAAUUCUCUUUGUCGUCUGGACAAGAGUUUAAAUGGAUUGGCCUUCUAAAUGGAACUAAGCCUUUACUUGUGGCUACAUUGAGACAAACAUUACUGCAACUGGAGUCCAAUAUAGUGCAACAAUUUAUGCAUCCAAAUUGGACAUUGUUAAGAAAACCAUGGGUACAGGCUGUCCAACUCUGCCAAGCACCUCGGGACUUUGCCAGAGCUCUCUGUGUAUUGCAGGCAUGUAUAAAAAAUGUUGUUUGGGUGCCCGCAUGGCACGAGCAAUUGGGACAUGUACGCCUCAUACGCACUACUGCAGUAGAAAGAGAAGAACGAAAAAAGCUGGACAAAAGAGAAAAAAAGGAGCGAGAUGAAGAGGAAGAACGAUAUAGAACCUCUUACAAUUUUGUCAAGUAUUCCUUAGGACUCAGACAUCAAGCUUGGAAACAAAAAGGCGAAGAAUAUAGAAUCCAUGGCCAGUGGGGUUGGUUAUGGAAUUCUGCAACAAGAAAGUAUAAGAAACAUAACACUAGUUCAAAACUGGGUCUAAAUAAUGGUCCAGCGAAAAUUACAGUCAGGGUCAGAGAAGGAAACAUCAUGAAAGUAUUAGCUGUGGAACCCAAAACUUAUGAAUACUUGACUUCAAGUGAUAGUGCUGAUAAGGAUGUAAUGGCAAAGUUACCACCUUCUAUGAGGAAUAUGGAAUUGGAUAAAGAAACAGAAGAUUUUGAAGAGAUUGAUGUUGAAAAAGCUUUGAGUUCUUCAACAAGAAGAUAUUAUCCUAAGAUUGCAAGAAAAUCUAAGUUGGAUGACUUCUUAGCUCGUCGGACAUAUUUAAAAUUUAUGGAGGAAAAAAAACUUGGUAACAUGUUGAACAAUAUAAAAAAAGAAGAAACUGAAGUAAAAUGUGAGGAAGACAAAAAUAUAGAUGUAGAGAACGAAGAACCUGAUUCCGAAAUUACCAGUAUAUCUGAUACUGGCAGUGAUAGUAAAAGUUCAAAUUCUGUUCCCAAAAAUGUCAAUUCUGUAAGAGAGAAAUAUCAGAACCUUAGUAAUUUAACAAAGCAUUACAGAUGCUACUCAGCAGGUUGUAACAGAACAGAGUUGCCUGACACACUUUCUGGUAUCAAAGUAGAGUGUUACUCGCCUUUGUGUAUUGAAAAAGGGCAACUUUUGAAUCAGUUACUAUCAUUACUGAGAGAUGGUACUAACAACUCAUUUUUAUUGACCGACUCGAAGGAUAAAAGCAAAAUAUCAAUAUUAGAACAGUAUUUAUUAGGUAAAUCUGCCACUUCCAGUGAAAACAUAGUGUCCGAUUUACUGUCUGCCGUGGCGUGUGCACAGGAAUGUGACAAUAAAAACUCCGAAUGUUUUGUUAAAAGGAAAUCCAGUGGAGAUAGUGAUAUAGUUAGUUUUAAAACAGAAAAAGAAGAAGUUGAUGCGAUGUGCCUUAUUAAAACUGAGAGCACGCUCGACGAGUGUUCUGUGCCUGCUGUGGGCAAUGAGAUGGACAUUGACAUUACGAGCAACAGUAAUGAGGAAAAUGAUGUUGAAAUUGGUCCAUUAAAGGAGCUCACUGAUCCAGAACAGGAUGAAAAAGAUAAUUCUGCAGGCAAUGACAGUGAGGGCCGUCCACCUAUUCCCAAACUGAAGAUAACUCGAGGUAAAUCUGGAAAAACAGCAUCUGGCGCAGCACCUCCAAAUAGCAAAGGAAAAGAUUCUUCCUACGAAUGUUCAUUAAAAGCUGACAAGACAGCCGACAAGCCAAAGUACCGCGCUAUUAUUAAUAGGCGAUUCGGGCUGACGAGAAAUAUUAAAAAAGAGGAAAAAAUAAAGGAGGAAAAGUCUGAUGCUGGAGUGACAAGAAUUUACUCCACGGAUAAUGCCAGUGGCAAGGUUUACUUGAAACGUGUUCAAAUGGUUGCAGUGGAAAAGAAGAAGAAAAGGACCCCUGUAAAAUAUCCUCUCUGUUCGUCAUUUCACACUAAAAGUAAAGCAAAAACUAUCAUGGUUUUGCCUCACCAUGAAUUGAAAAAGUUAUGCAGGCAAGCGGGGCACAAUGCUAUCGCUGGUUUCAGUCAAAGCGCUAAGGCCAAUCAGCUCGUGUGGCCGUAUCCUUGCGCCAGGCCGCUGUUCAAAACAUGUUGGCUGUACCGUACCGUGAACCUGCAGUGGUUAGCUAGCGCAGCACUGCAGUUGCGGAUCAUGUGGGCAUGUCUGCGAUGGGACGACAUGUCCGCCAAGCCUGCCACCGCCGACGGCAAGCAUCAGCUGACGACGGACACGGAGAUCGUCUCGUUGGAACUACUGAAGCAUCGUCACGUUGGCCAGUUUUCAGAACGGACGCAAUACCUUCGUAGGAGAGUAGUCAUACCUCUGGAGUUACCGAAAACUGUGCGCGAGGUCACAUCCAUCCGGAGCGGCUUACGAAAGAGAAAACGCGCUGAGUCGCCUCAAAAUACUGAACCGCAGGUGUCAGAGGAGUGGGUGGACGAGGAGAAGCUGGAGCUGUGGGAGGUGCGGCAGUACGGCGAGCGGGCCGAGCGCGCCACGCCCGUCACGCGCACGUCCACGGGCAAGCUGCCCACGCGCGCCGCGCCCGCGCCGCCCAACGCCGCCGACAUCAAGGACAAGAUGGAGCAGCAGCUGCGCGAGCAGCGCGCGGCGCACCAGCAGAAGCGGGCGUUGGAGUUGUCCCAAGACAAGUCUAAAUCAACGCCGAAUCAGAUAUCUGGCAAAAGUACUCUCACUUCUUUACUGACCUCAAACGCCAACACGCCCACCGGACAGAAGACCGUCAUCGGAACUAGAAGAAUCAUAAUGACUAAAGGCGCAGACGGCACCACCAGAGUGAUAAGUCAACCGAUCGGGAAUGCGAGUAAAUCUGUUUUGUCCGAUGGCGCUAAGGGGGGCGUGACUCCGCAAAAAGAUGGCCAACAGAAGGUUCAAAUUGUCAAAAUGCCCGAUGGUAAAAUGACAGUGAGAGGGCUGUUACCCGGACAACAGCUGAUACAGAUGCCUGACGGUAAACUGCACGUGCUCUUGCCGGGUCAGCAGGGCAUCGCGGGGCAACUGGUGGCGGCGGCGCCUGCGCCCGCCAAACACGACCCCGACGCGUCCGGCGCCGACGGCGACAAACACACUCCGAUCAAGAACAACAACGUCGCUGCGGCCGGGCAGACGGUGCGCAGCGCGGCGCCGACCACUCAGACUGUCGUGUCGAGCGGGCGCCACAUCGUGGUGCAGCCGGCGCAGCAGGUCGUCGUGCAGUCUCCGCAGAUGGUGCUGCAGAGUCCGCAGCAGGUGGUGGUGCAGGCGGGAGCGCGCGCGUCGGCCCCGCCGCGCGCGCAGCCCGUGCAGACCGUGCUGGUGCAGGGCCAGCUGCUGCAGCGCUCGCCGGCGUCGCGCGCGCCAGCCCCGCGCACGCCCGUGCCGCGCCCGCGCGCCGCCGCCCCGCAGCAGAUCGUCGUCAACAACCCGGCGCUCGUGCAGCAGAUCGCGGCCGGCAAGAUCCAGAUCGCGACCGUCAACGGGCAGCAGGUGCUGAUCCGUCCGACCGGCAACAACCAGGCGCAGAUAGUGGCGCACAUAUCCCAGAGCCCGAUGCAGGCGCCGGUGCCUGCGCUCGCGGCGUCGUCCGCGCCGCUGCCCGCGCCCGCGCAAGUCGCGCGCCCGUCGCCGGUGCCCGCGCCCGUGGCCCCGCCGCAGCAGCAACUCACCGAGGACGAAAUCAUGGAGAAGCAGCUUCUGGCGGGGCAACCCCCAGGAACCGUCAUCAAGACUGUGACCGCUCAGGUGAUGCAAACCAGCAGCGGCCCCAGCAUAGUGCUGCAAGGGCUGCACGGCUACAAUCUCACUCCGCAACAGUUGGCGCUGGUGCAACACCAAGUGAAACAACAACUUUUAAAAGCCCAAGAGUCUACUGGGAAGCAAGGCAUGCUGGGUCCCCGCAAGAUGUACCUGGCGGUGCAGCCGUCGCCCGGCGCGCCGCCGCCCGCUUCGCUGGCGCCGCUCGUGCCGCUGGCGCCGCUGGUGCAGCCCGUGCCGCCGCUGCAGGACAGUAAAGUCGACGAUAAAAAAAUACAACGGCCACCUUUAUUGAACGGCGAGGAUCAUGUUGCAGAAGCUGUGAGCCAAAAAGAGGCGAUUCCUUUCAAACCAGAAGAUAUAUCUGAAAAUAACACGAAAACCGAUAUAGUUAAUGCGAUUCACGGAGGAAAUAAUAAAUUUGUCCUCACUCCUGACUACAUACAACAAACCAUCAAGAGUGCUCUGAAACAGGAGAACUUGAAUCCUGAAAUCGAGGAGAAGUUGCUGCAGUUGCAGAGGUACCAGGAGAAACAAAUGAAACCGGAAGCUCAAGUGGAGAGAGAAGUGCGCGCGGUGGCGGUGCGCUCGCCCUCGCCGCCCGCCGCGCCGCCGCGCCGUCGCGGGCCGUCGCGCCACGAGGACGACGACGACGAGUGGGUGGAGAGCAGCCCGCGCAAGCGGCAGCGACCCACGCGCGCGCUCUCGCCGCCGCCCGCGCCCGCACCGCCGCCCGCGCCCGCUCCGCAGCCUGCUCCGACCGCGCGUCCUCCGCCGCGCACGCCCGCACCCGCGCCGCCGCCGCCCGCCGCGCAGCCCGCGCCCGCGCCCGCGUCCGCGCCCGCCGCGCCGCCCGCCGCGCCCGAGGAGCGCCGCCGCGUCGCCUCCACGCACUCGCGUUUGCUGCUGCUCUUCAAACACAAAGAGAUGCUCAAAAAAGAUAUUAUUAAGAAACGUGGCCUACUCGAGAAAGAGCUCGGUGUCGAUAUACAGAAGGAGCUGUCGGCGGAGCUGGCGCUGCGCACGCGCGCCGAGCGCAGCAAGCAGGAGGAGGUGCGCGGCGGCGCGGGCGCGGGCGCGGGCGGCGGCAAGCGGCGCACCGCCUCCGUGUCCGCGCGCGACGCCAAGCCCGCCAACACCAAGAAGACCGCAAAAAAGGAGAAGUUGCUGUGUAUAUGUCGCACACCGUACGAUAACACCAAGUUCUACGUUGGCUGCGAGCACUGCAGCAACUGGUUCCACGGCGAUUGCGUGGGCGUCACGGAGGAGAUGAGCAAGAGCAUGGAGGAGUACGUGUGCGCCGAGUGCCGCCGCGCCGAGGAGACGCAGGAGCUGUACUGUCUGUGCCGGCAGCCCUACGACAACUCGCAAUUCUACAUCUGCUGCGAUCGGUGUCAAGACUGGUUCCACGGCCGAUGCGUCGGCAUCCUGCAGUCAGAGGCCGACAACAUAGAUGAAUAUAUUUGUCCAAACUGUCAAAAAAAUAAUUCCGUGAACUACGCCAAUAUGAAGGAACUCACUGCCAAAGACUUUGAAAAUCUCAAAAGGCUCAUGAAGCAAAUUCAGUUGCAUAAAAACGCUUGGCCGUUCAUGGAGCCGGUCGACCCGCGAGAGGCUCCGACAUACUACAAAGUGAUCAAAGAACCCAUGGAUUUGCAGACUGUGGAAAGAAAGGUGAACGAACAGACUUAUAGUACGUUAAGUGAAUAUAUAGGUGAUAUGACUAAGAUAUUUGACAAUUGUCGUUAUUUUAAUCCAAAAGACUCAGAGUUUUAUAGAUGUGCUGACGGCCUGGAGGCAUUCUUUGCGCAAAAAAUUAAAUACUUUCGGGAAAAGUUAUUCGAGUCUACACAAUGAUAGCAGUGCGCGAGUGUCCGCGAGCAGAGACGUUUGAACGCGGCCCUGUUACGUUGCAUUACGUAUUCUGUAACACUUGUACAUUAUGAAAUGAAUAUUGUGAUGAAAUUUUCAAAGAAUUUGUAUAAAAUGAUCGCAGAAGUUAUUAGUUCAGUCAGCUUAAUUUUCAUGUUAAGUAUUUAUUGUAUUUAUUAAUUAAUGCUUUACAUCUGUAAUCUACUUUUAAGCUGACUUCUUUUGGUAAAAUAAAACUCUUCGCAGAAGAAUAUAAUUAAUUAUACAUAUAUAGUUUUGUGAAAAAGAUAAUGUUUAGCAUAUUAUGAAUUAGCUACUUUAGUUUUAAUUUCUUUUUUAGUUUAAGUAAACAUUAUGUAUGUAAGAAAUAAAUUUUUAAUAAUAUAAAUUAUAA